AGCUGACUGGUUGGCUUGGCUGGCCUCACGAGUGGCUAUGCCGCAUACCCUAACUCCUACAUCAGCCAUAUCCACGGCUGGCGUCGUUGGAUCCGACUACGACUAUUUCAGCAGCAAUAUCUCACUCGACAACAACACAGAGUCGGCCCUGCAGCCGUUCGGAGAUCACGAACUAUGGGAAGCAAUCAUCAUCAUUAUCACCAGUGCCACUAUUGCAAUCUUCACAGUCAGCGCCAACGUCAUGGUGUGGCUGUCCUUCUACAUGGACAAACAGCUUCAGGUCGUCAACAAUUACUUUAUCCUCAGUCUCGCUACCGCCGAUAUAAUCAUCGGCGCCUUGUCUAUCCCCAUUUACACCUUGUACCUUCUACAGGACGGUUGGAGAUUGGGAAAUAUAUUCUGUGAUAUCUGGCUGUCCAUUGAUUAUGUCGCAUCCAACGCAUCCGUCAUGAAUUUGUGCAUCAUCUGUUUUGAUCGAUUCCUGUCAGUGACUCGACCACUCACGUACAGAGCAAAUCGAACUCCAAGGAAAGCUAAGAUAAUGAUUGCGUUGGCCUGGAUAGUAUCGGUUGUAGUUUGGAUACCACUUAUUAUUGGUUGGCAAUUCUUUUUCAGCGAAGGAAGAAACGUACCGGACGACGACUGCUAUAUUCAGUUUAUCAAUGAUGAAGUUGCGCUUAAUGUUUUAACUAUACUAAUUGCAUUUUAUUUACCCGUUGCUCUCAUGGGAACGCUGUAUUACAAAAUAUGGCGCGAAACAGAAAAGAGGUCUUUGGAGCUCGAGAGACUGCAGGAAGGUGGUCAUACCAGUCCACCUGCCCGCCGACUUCUUUCCAGUGAAGAUACGGAUGAUGAAGUCGGGGUUCGGGUCAGAAGCCAAUCAAAGUGUCUCCGUUGUCCUUGCUGUCUGAUAGCCGAUUUGGGGGAUGAAGAUGACGAUAGUAGUGAUUUAACAAUACAUCAUAACUCACCGUCCACGAUGUCUUACUCCACCAGCCUCAAGUCACGACGGGGAUCAAGAGCACAACCCAUCUUACCUCCGGACUCUCCGAGGCACCACACUAUCCGAGAAUCUCCUAGAAGUGCCACUCAAAUGAACGGUAAUCUCGCCUCAACGGAAAACAACUCCAGUGAUAAUAAUAAAAGCUUCGCUGCCUCUCUUUACACCAUACUCAUAAAGCUACCGGAUGAAAGUCCCAAUGCGAGCGAAGAGGACAAACUCCCUAAAAUUACAAUGGUGGAGGAAUCGCCUCAAAGAGAACAGUCCUUGAUUCAAGAUCAAGAAGGAACUCGCCUCAUGCCACCGGAAACAAACGGAACUGAAAAAUCUAGGUCGAACUCAGUAGCUAGUAACAACAAAGCACCUGCCAACAGUCAGUCUAAUCUUAGUAUAAGCACUAUCUCGAUGGUUAAUAAGAUGGCAAGUCGCGCCAAAACCAACGUGAAUCGCAAACGAAAGUCGCAAUUGAUACGAGAAAAGAAGGCAGCAAGAACACUAUGCGCUAUUCUACUAGCCUUCAUCAUCACAUGGACUCCGUAUAGUGUAUUGGUGCUCAUUUCUUUUAGCGGAUUCAGCAACGCGGCCGUCUCCAAAAGUUUCGAAGUCGCAUAUUGGCUGUGUUACCUUAACAGCACAUUAAAUCCAAUUUGUUAUGCAUUAUGCAAUGCAACUUUUCGCAGAGCCUUUAAAAGAAUUCUUACGUGCCAGUGGACACCUCGUCACCGGCGGCAACACAAGCAACGUCAACAUGCGAGAAGACGGGAAAGAUGAAAUGAGGCAUGCCUCUGAAUUUAGAGUCAUAUGCACUGCCAGAGUUUAAUCGCAUUUUAUUCUGCCAGCAAAUCUACAUGACAUAGAAUAUGCGAUUAUGUGAAGGUGAAAAUGCGCAUUAUUUUAUUCAAGACAGACGAAACAAUCGAGUCACUCAUAUCUCAACGUACUUGUAAUUUCUACUGAAGACACAGGUUCAAACGUUCAAAAAGUUACACGUCAGUCAUUGGUAUCUUCUUGAUAAGAAACCUGGUUUACCUUCCCCGUCGAUAACCCUGUCUACUCUCUCCUGAUAAACAUUUCAAUUAAUUUUAAACCAUUCUUCUAACAACGAUGUAGUCAAGGUUAUCGAUAUUCUGGCAGUUAAUGUGACUCUGAUCCAGAGAGCAUGAACCAUGACUUUACAAUCGCUGAUCUGUCGUAUAUAGAUGGAUGGACAAGAACAUUCAAUGUCAUUCUCGAGGCCUGCUCUUUUCGACUGGAGCGUAAGUACUACAUCAUAUACAGGUGUGGUACAUGGAAGAUAGGGAGGGUUUCAUGAAGCGUCGUAUCUGUAAUGUUCACUUACAGUUAUGCUCUCAGCCAAUCAGGUACAGUGCUUUCGGUAGCUUGCAACAGUGGACAGAAAAGCUCACUGACAUUGCGCUUCUUGGACCACCAGUCGAGUGUAUUAAGUGGAGCUUUCAUGAAGCGUCAUGUCAGAGAUUGCCCCCAGCAACUGGUUUAAGCUACUAUAAUCAUUGGAUCUGAUUGGCCAAAAGUAUAUUUGGCAGAGAAAACAUCUUACGACGAGCUUCUUGAAAGGAUGCCCAAAUGUCAACCAUCUCGGAUUUGUUGAUCGAAUCAGGAGCAACAGACCACAGUAUAAAAGGCUGACGCAGUCUUCCUUCAUUUUCGUGCACUUUUAUUGUAUGAAACACUCAAGAUUGUAUUUUUUGAUCACGUGUAGUCACACUUUGAUAUGCUUUGACGAAUGCUAUUUUACGUUUACCGUACGACCUAAUAUGUUUUACAGAGAUAAAUUAUAUUUCUAGCAUCUAAUGUAUAUUUAUUGUAUAGUGUCAAGAAUGGUAAUUCCCAAAGAUAAAUGUUGUAUUCGUUUAACAGAAAUAGUAUGUCAUUUGGAAUGUCAGAUCGUCCCACUGAUGUUUGCCCAACUUGAAACAAUGUCAUACUACCUUUUAAACGGAAGUAUGACAUUAAGGAAAAAUAUUAUUAAUAUCGUUGUCUUUUGAUAAAUGUACUACCUUCUGUCCACGCAUUGUCUAAAAAAUCGGUAAUUGAUAUACUGAAAGGGUGUCAACUUUCCCUAACCGCUUCCGGCCCACCAACUAAUCAUCGUAUGGUACUACUUAUGAUACGAUUUUAAUACUUUGAAGGGGGAAAACCCCGUUAUAACAUGGUAACAUGAAUAUCAUCGAAGCGUUAUAGAAGAUUAGGCUGAAUUUCAAUAUCACCAUCUGGGGUACUACAAGUCGUAUUCAACACAAUGUGUCGUCGUUGAACUCGCAUUUAAUUAUCAACCGUAAGAAGGGGCGAGAUCCUACCUUGCAAAAUUAUUUCAUUUUCUUGCCGAAAUAUAAUAGUCAUGGAUCGGAGACUAUAACCUGUGUAUUUCCAUCAUUCGAUUUCGUUGGUAUUUCAUUAUUUAAUGUAGAGAUUGCACGACCAAAAAGUAAUUUAUCUUGCCAGUAUUAUAUUCGACUUGUCGCGCACAAAAGUAAUCAACUCUUGAUUGAUAUUUUGCAUUCUUUCUAUACUUUUAUCUAUGCUGAAUAUAUCUAUCAAUCUAAAGUUUUCUCCGAAUAAUAGAUUUCUCGUUUACAUUUCGGUAAAAUAUCUUGCAAUCACUCUGGGCGCUUUUAUUCCUCUAUAGUUGUAUUGUCAGUUCAUUCAAAACGCCUUUUGGCAAUAGAAAUUUACUUAAAGUAUGGUGGGGUUUUUUUCAUGUCAUGUCGUUGGCCCAUUUCUCGAUAUGCUUGGGGAAUUUUUAUUGUUCAAUAUCCAAAGUCGUUGAUUCAAUAAGGAAAAGUAUGCAGUUUAUUUGGAAGCAAUCGAGACCGAAAUGUUUCACUUUUCUUUGUCGCAACCGAGUUGCAUUCCUGCUCGCUGGACGUCGGCGUUUCACCGCAAAUUGGACAUGACACAGCGGGGCAGCUGUGGAGAGGUAAACUUGAGAGAUGAGCUGAUACUCUUCGACGCUUUCCUAAAGUGUCAGUUACCAUUUUGCACCCUCCAAGCAAAGCGUUGGUAUUCAAUUAACAUUCUGUCACGGCAACGUGGGAAGUGUUCUGGUCACUUCUUUUUAUCUCGAGUAAAAUAAUUGCCUUGUUUACUAAUGCCAUUUCAAAUGCACCAGAAGCAGAGAGAACAUCCAGUCAUAUACAACUUCAAUGUAAUAUCAAACACCCGUUUAAGUCGGUCGAAUAUCAUACUCACCUUUCCCUCCAAAAUGUAAAGACGAAACUCCCAUUGGGUCUGGCUAGCUCUUUUCGUGACCUCUUUCCUCCAAUUUCUCAAAUGUACAUGAUGAAAAUAAAAGCCUCAAAUCAAGCGGUUGAAUCAUCUAAAAGAUAUAAGGUUGAUCUUUGAUUUCUUCUUUAACUCAAUUCCAAUUACCAAGCCGUAUAUAGAAUUUAUGAGUUAUUGAUUUUUCUUCAAAUUGGUAUUCUUAUUGAAAGUGAUAUGAACUAUUGUCCCGCUCAAAAGAAGAUACGAUGGGCCGACUUUAAUCUUCGGCAAAGCGAGAGACAGCGCAAUGACGAGAUAUUGAAUGUACAGCAUAGACUUCGAGUACCAGACUACUCUGACCUUUCCCCCAAAGACAUCUAGAACUAUAUGAAAUAUAUUUGACUUCAGUGACGAAUCGGGGCAAUCAGACUUUACAUGACUACUAUCUUCUCUUUUUACUUUGGACACCCCACCCCCCUCUCCCACGAGAUAUGGCACUGCAUGGUAACGAUAUUCCGAUUGGAGAUAAGUUUCUUGUUAGGGAACAUUUAGUGGGAAUAAAGUGUACAAUAAUAUAUCAUUAUCAUGCAAGGGGCUUACAUUCUAUUGAAUUAAAACCCCAACCAUCUAACAUAAAAGUCUAGUAGAUUAUGAAUCUGACUAUGUUAUUUCAGAAUAUGAAUUCAUUUUAGAAAGCACAUGAUAAUAUGCUCUUCUAUCACUCCAGUUAAUGUUUUAUAAAAUCCAAAUGUAUUUGGAAAGGGUGUGAUCAUGUUAAACAGAUGACUUAAUUAUCUAACCGUUACCAUACUUUCACUUUGAUCUGGAACGAACCCAAACGCUGGCAGAGAGGGGCGACUGCUCCUUCCAUAUCCUUGGGAAAGCAAGAAAUACUACAAAGAAUAUUCCUAUUUCAUUUAUAAUAAAAGUGACGUCAUAAUAUGUAUUUUUGCCCAAUCCUAUCGAAACACUCUUGAACUACAGUAACGAACAUCACAGCAAUACGACAACCGUUAAAUUCAUGUAUACGCUCCAUUGACUGGCUGGACGAAAUACUUAACUAAGCAUGACAGUGACUUGCAAGAUAGAUGCUUUAAAUCACAUUUUAGCCGCCUACAAUCAAACACGGAAUAACCAAAGAAUGAUUUCCAAUGAUUCUGUGUUUAAUUCCACUGGCCGUCAUCAAUGUGAUGCAAAACUCAAGACUUGCUAAGCGCACUUAGGACUGAGGCAGACAUUGUACGAACAAUUUUCGAGAAUUCUUGUGACUGGCUCCUUACAAAAAGGCAUAUAUUCGGAUAGUCAACCAUGCACCAUGACAAGCGACGACGAACAGAUUAACGCACAGAAUGGCAAUAAAUCAUCAGUUUAAGCUUCUAAACAAAAGAUCAUGACCAAAUUAACGGUUAAACCCUCAAACUUAGUACUUAUGAACUUUACCGACAUUAGCGAAAGACUUGUGAACUGUGAACUUUAAGUGGUUUUUGUUAUUAAAGCUGCAUCGAUUUUUUUUCUUCCAAUACUAGGACUGACUAGAUAUGCUAAAAAAAUCACGAAAAAUUUACUUAACGGACGUUUACUACAUAUAAUGUUGGCACCAGACAAGCGCCAAGGAAGAGAAGAUUCCUCGUCAUGUGCUAGGUUGUGGAAUCUGAAGCUCCAGUUUAGCGGAUAUGUCGCAGUAUUCUGGACUGGUUUGGUCUUUCACUGCAGUUGGGUACGACAUAUCUCCCCGAAAUUUUUUUUUAGAAAUAUUCCAAGAGGCCUAUAUUGAUGAUUAUUGAUCGAAAAAGGUAAAUUCACAAAAUGACAGGCCACCGUGGUGACGACUUUAAAAGAAAUAUUAACAAACAAUGAACGACUAAACAUGACACUCGUGCUUGAAUUUGUGACGUAUAGACGAAAACUAUGAUUACUGAAGACCACUCUCCAGAAAAAGCAAACCAGCAAAGUGACGAAGACUUCGCCGAACACUUAAAGGACCGACUAAACGUAUUCUAGCUUGGUAGUUGACGGAACUCGUCACAGACAGGCAAGGACAAAACAUAAUGUGCAUUGACAAAGAUUGACUAAGUGUUACACGACAGACAGUGGCGGACCGUGACCCGGAGGAGACAAAGCAUUGGAGGGGCAUAGCAUUCUUCCCAAACAAUGCAAUGCCCCUCCAAUCAUUGUCUCCUCCGGGUCACGGUCCGCCACUGACGACAGACUAACGU